GUAUGUAUGUAUAGAAAGCUGAUUUAUAGUGAUGUUUAACUGACGUUCGUGGGAAUAAUUUUUGUUGAUAAUUGUUCAUAAUAGUAGUUGCUACGUUAUUUUAUACGAAUAAUUUUAAUUAAUAACGAUAUUCCUUUUGAUGUAAUAAUUAAAUGUGUAUCUACAACAACCCUUAGUUUUAUUUCAGAACAUAAAUAAAAGUUUCAUCAUUCUGAAGAAUCAACAUGGCUUGUCCGUCUGAUGAAAAAGAGGAGAAAAUCAAGCUUGCCAAAGAGUAUCAGCAACAUUAUUAUGAACUUCUUCCUGAUUGGUUUCAAUAUGAGUCUGAUGAUUGUGAAAUUAUAAGACAUAAGAUUGGAUAUGCCAUGUUUGGUAUUCCUGAAAUUGUUGAUGAUACAGAAACACCAACAACCUCUGAGAAUGAUACGUCGGUCAAUAACAACCAAAAUAAUAUAUGCAAUAAGAUAGUGUACGAUAAAACAAUGUGCAAGGUCAUAGAUACAAUAUAUCAACAGAUAAUGAAGUUUGGAAAAGAUAACACGAACAAUAUCAUUUACCUUGGAAUUAUAUUUAACGUUGUAAUUUUACAUGCAGCACCAAAGCAGUCGAAUAAGAAGGAUGACAAAUCUAAUGAUGACAAAUCUAACGAUGACAAAUCUAAUAAUAUGUGUAUAGUACCAAUAUUUAAGUUAAAGACUGUGACGCUGGGUAUAUCUUAUAUUGACAAUGAAGGCAGACUAUAUAAAACUUGGAAAGAUUACAUUACAAACAACAGAUUGCCCCAGUGUACUAUGAUUUUGCCAAAGGCGGGUUUGUAUCAGUAUAAUCCAAACUAUAAAGUCACAGAAUAUGUUUCAACGGUAUGGGUUGAGGUACUAGACUCACCUGCUUGUAAUGUGAAAAAUAAAGUCUUUAAAGGCAUUGAUAUUGCUGCGAAUACAAUAACUGUAGCUACAACUGUAGGGCUUGGAACUGCUAACUUACUGACACCUAUUGCACCAGUUGUUUUUGCCGCCGGUUUCAUUUAUGGCGGUUUAUGCGGCACAUGGAUCAUUGCCAGAAAUUCCCAAAAAUUAGUGGACCUUGCUAAGCAUAAACAAUCCAUCAGCCCUAUAAAUAAAAAUGCAUUUCCUGCUUGGCUUGAAAUAGGUAGUACAGCCUUGUCGUUGGGAGCAAAUGGUGGAACUAUGAUUAUGUCUCAAGCUCUUACCAGAGGCAGCACCGUUGGUGUUGUAGCCAAAACAGCUUACAAUUCCAUGAUAUUGGGCAACUUGACAUUGAACAGCGUCGGUAUAAUUUAUCAGGGAUAUUGUUUAAUCGACAAAUAUCGUACAGAAAGGGAUGUUGAUUUCCUGGAUAUAGUUAUCUUCGCCUCGCAUGUUUUAUUCUUCGGUAAUGCGUUGUUAAAUGCCAAAUUGGCUGGCGAGCUCAUAGAAACAUCCAACGGCAGCAUCCUUGAGAAGUUCAAGGGCGCUUUGAAGGUUGAUCGUCUGAAGGAGCAGUUCAAUAAAAUGAGCGCAUACGUGGGCAAUACGCAAAAUAGAUCCGAGGGCAUUGUCUGUAAAAUAAAGCAAUUUGCCAACAGGCAGGACUUCUUAAACGGUUUGAGUCAAUUAUCUUGGAGAGAGAAUUUGCCAAGUGUCAAGUACCAAGACAACUAUAUUAUUAUAAAUAACAGAAUAUUCAUAGACCCUGUUGAGUUCACAGGAAGUUUACUGACAGUUGGCACAGUCGCGUUUAAUUUGAUAAACUCGCCGAUGGUCGCUACAGAGAGGAACGACGUGAUGAUCAAGUUGAAAGGUUUACUUAGACGGUUGUUGAAAGAUUAUUACGUCGACUCAGCGAACGAGGAGAUACCAGACGUCAAAUACUUCGACGACAUACUACGAGAAAUGAAAUACUUCAAGAACGCGCUGGAUGUUCUGACCAAAUGUUUCAGAAUUACUAUGAUCAUAGUGGAACAUUGCAACGAACCGAAGCAGUUUCUUUGCGACGCUGUUUAUUUCACGUGGACGUACUGCAAGGCGAAUUUGAAGAAGUACAACAUAAGUCUCAGUUCCUCGCCCAGAAACAACGUAUUCGAUGCAUUAACGAACAUCGUUACGUUUUUACACGAAUGCAUCGAGCUGAUUGGCAACGAUUUGUUCUCGGCUUUCUACGCUUAUAUGUUGAACACGAAACUAAGUACAAACUGUCUUCCAUAAAAUAAUUCUCUUCUGUUUUGUGCCUGUUUGUCACAGGCAUUCAAGUGCCUUAUUUCGAUCAAACCACUAUUUUUCUAGUGUUAAGUGCGAAACAGAUGAUUCGAAUAAGUAUUACGCGUUAAUUUAUUUUUAAUAGAUUCGUGUCACGUAUCGCACAAAAUUAAUUAUUUAAGUAUCGGUAUUUUUCUAGCGUGAAACGAGAGGGAUAAAUCUGUUUAGAAUAGUAAUUGCACGUUGAUAUUUGAUAUAUUCAACAUGUCAAUCUAAAAUAAUGAACAAAUAAAUGAUGCUUUAUAGAUUUGUGUCACGUGUCGCUCAAUGCUUGUUAUUUAAGUAUCAGUGUUUUCUUAGCGUUAAACGAGAGGGAUGAAUCUGUUUAGAAUAGGAAUUGUACGUUGAUAUUUGAUAUAUUCAACAUGUCAAUCUAAAAUAAUGAACAAAUAAAUGAUGCUUUAUAGAUUUGUGUCACGUGUCGCUCAAUGCUUGUUAUUUAAGUAUCAGUAUUUUUCUAGCGUGAAACGAGAGGGAUAAAUCUGUUUAGAAUAGGAAUUGCACGUUGAUAUUUGAUAUAUUCAACAUGUCAAUCUAAAAUACUGAACAAAUAAAUGAUGCUUUAUAGAUUUGUGUCACGUGUCGCUCAAUGCUAAUGUUAUUUAAGUAUCAGUGUUUUUCUAGCGUGAAACGAGAGGGAUAAAUCUGUUUGGAAUAGACAUUUGCACGUUGAUAUUCGAUACAUUCGACACUCAGUUUGGUAUAAUGAACGAAUAAAAUGGCAGAACGAGGAGGAAUAGUUGCAUAUUGCGCAGAAUUGAAGGCAUUUGUUUAUUUCGUUUCUUUCAAAUGUUUGAAUAUAAUUCACACAAAUAUAUACAGACGAUACUGAGCACAUUUACAACUUUUGUUUCACCUGAUCAUUGGUCGCGGUUGUUUAUCGUUUAAGAGACAUUCAUCAAGCAAAUGUUACAAUUGUCGCCGAUUGAACAAGCGAUUAUCGUAUUCGGACGCGCGUCGCAAUAAAUUAAAGAAAAAUAAGGGGAGAAACUAUGAAUUAUAAUUUAUAAUUCGAAUAAAUUACUUAGGUGUACAGACAGACGAUUGAAACAGAUCACGAUCCAGGCAGUAUUGAUCCAUCGUUUAUCGGCCGUUAAACGAUGAUAAUACCGAUCUUUGCGGGCGUGAGAUCCCUCCGAUAUAUAUAUAUAUAUAUAUAUAUAUAACUUAACACCGAGCAUAAAUACACACAACGAGAACUCCCGCUACUGGAAUAAAUAUCAAUUGUUGAAAAUCUCUAUCUACAAAAUAGAUACGUCGUCCACCGUUACGCAAGCGUAAUAAUUAAGAUUAAUAAAAAUCUCGACGUGCGAUUCGACUCGAUCCGGAGGUUCCUUCACGACGAUUUCCUGUUAAUCAUUAUAAAUCAACGUUAUAACAAUUAACAUCGCAUGACAGACGACACUGUUGUAAAUACAUCGUUGACUAUAUUCGGCACAUGCACGCGUGUCUCCUUCUUUUUUUUUCUUUUUUUUUUUUUUCUUAACAGUUAUACAGUUAAUUACAUCGUAACACGUACUUUUUUUUUUUUCUUUUUUCUUUUUAAACGACGAUCACCGCUCGAACCCGGGCGUGUUUCUAUAAAUAAUAAUAAUAAUCAUUCGAACUCGCUUCAUUUAGUCAUUAAGUCGCGAAUCGUCGUUCGCCUAAUGUGCGUUGGAGGAAACGGAAAAAGUGAAAAGAAGAAGUGAAAAAUAUUUCAUCUCGCGUGUAUAUUUGCACCGUUGCUCCCCUCUCGACUUCGUGUCGUUGUGUGUUUAUGUACAAGUGUGUAUCACGAUAACGAAAGUGCAGAAGAGA